AUCAUCAACCAGCCCACUGAAUAAUGUAAUUAAUUAAUUAUCCUUUUGGUAUUCAACUUCAAAUAUUAAUUGGUUAUGUAGAUCGAUUGCUAUAUAUAAACGAACCUGAGGCAAAACACCAUAUCUACUUUUAACGUAUAUUAUAUUAGCUCUUUGUUUUUCAAAUAUCGGCACCAAGCAAUUGAUAUAGAAAAUAACGCUACAUGGGACGUUGGAUUAGACCCGAGGUAUAUCCACUAAUGGCAGCGAUGACAUUUGUAACGGGAAUGUGCGUUUUUCAGCUCACAAGAAACGUUCUCUUAAAUCCUGAUGUCAGGAUCAAUAAAGCUCAUCGAAGCAUGGGAAUACUUGAAAAUGAAGAAGAAGGAGAGAAGUACGCAAAACAUAGCCUUCGAAACUUCCUACGUACUCGUCCACCACAAGUCAUGCCUUCUAUCAACCGUUUUUUCUCUAAUCAUGAUAACAAUUGAAAUCAUAUCUCAAUUCAAUAAUCAUAUAUUUUAUUACUUUUUGGCUUCUCAUAAAAUUACUUUUAAAUUGAUAUUUGAUAUUUAUAUUAGAGCCUUUUCAUACUUUAUGUGUUGAUCGAUCCUUCUUGUAUUUUCGUUUGAUAUAUAUUAAGUCAUGAUGAUUCAAGUAA